AGUCAUCUGGGCUCACGGAGGAAAUCUCUUUGCCAGCGCGCCCGCACGUUUGGCAGCCAUGGGAGGAAAGAAGAGCUACCAAAAUUAUGGGAAGACCUUCCGUAAACCGAAGCGCCCCUUCGAGAAGGAACGCCUCGACUCCGAGAUGAAGAUCGUGGGCGAGUACGGGCUGAAGAACAAGCGCGAGGUGUGGCGCGUCCAGUACGCCCUAGCCAAGAUCCGCACAGCGGCCCGGCACCUUCUCACGCUGGACGAGAAGAGCGAGCAGCGCAUGUUCCAGGGCGAGGCCCUUCUGCGCCGCAUGAUCCGCAUCGGCCUGCUCAUGGAGAGCGAGAAGAAACUGGAUUACGUGCUCGGUCUCACCAGCGCGAAGAUCAUGGAGCGCCGCCUGCAGACGAAGGUCUUCAAGUUGGGCCUCGCCAAGUCGAUUCAUCACGCGAGGGUCCUGAUCCGCCAGCGCCACAUCCGGGUGGGGAAGCAGAUCUGCAACAUUCCCUCGUUCCUCGUGCGCCUGGACAGCGAGAAGCACAUCGACUUCGCCCUCACCUCCCCGUUCGGGGGCGGCCGCCCAGGUCGUGUGCGGCGCAAGAUGAUGCAGAAGAAGGGCGGCGACAAAGAGGGCGACGACGAGGAGGACUGAGCCUCGAGGCGUUCAGAGCGAUACCUGCGCGCGCGACUGGUCCUGGGAGACGAUUGUGAGGAGGACGAUGAUGAGGAGAAGGAGAGUCCCUCGCCGCGCCCGACGUUUCAGAGACCCCUUGCCAGGGGUGACUGGCUAGGCCAGACAAACGUGGCUCGGCGAUGCUCGUUCACCCUCCCUGUCUUGUCCUCGCUUCUCCUCGUCUCCCC